AUGGUUCGUUCCCCAUUUGACGUCUCAGACGAUGAGGAUGAUCCCUUCAGCGACAGAAACUACUCGCGGCUGGUGAAUCGCACCGAAGAAGCCAAAAACGUUCCUGUCUCAGGGCGUUCCAGGCACGCUCCUUCCAAAGCAUACCCCCCUGUUCCCAACGUAAAUGAGGUGGCCAAGGAGUCUGCUUACAACUCGACAACAAGCUCAAUUCCAGAAUCACGGCAACGGGGUGCGCUAUACAAGACUUUUUUUGGGGGACGUGAACGAGGAUGGCCUUACUUCACGUACUUCGUCAGCCUCAUUCAAGUAGUCGUGUUCAUCUACGAGCUGGUGAAAAUGGGCAUUUACACGAAGACCGUUUUCCAAACCAAGCCCUACUUCAACCCCAUGCUUGGACCCUCAUCAUACGUGCAAAUCAACGUGGGAGCCAGAUAUCUGCCCUGCAUGACAACGAUCACGGGAUAUACCGAUAACGAGCAGCUGGAGUGGCCGUGUCCCAACUCCACGUCCACGUCCACGGACGUCUGCAGUCUGGAGGAACUCUGCGGCAUGGGCGUUGGUUUUUCAGACGGCACGCCGCGCCAAUGGUGGAGACUGUUCACGUCCAUCUUCAUUCAUGCCGGAUUCAUACACAUCAUAUUCAACCUUCUGCUACAGGUCGCGCUUGGAUCUAAGGUUGAACGCUACAUUGGAUUACUCAGGUACGCAUUUAUCUACGUUGCUGCGGGCAUGGGCGGCUCCAUUUUGGGGGCCAAUUUCCUGCCUGCUGGUAUGGCCUCAUCUGGAGCUUCAGGAGCGCUGUGUGGCGCAUGUGUUGCCAUGAACCUCAUUCUUCUGAUUUACAACAACAACAUCGACCACUACGACCCCCGUCUGAAAGGCCGCGCGGGCAGGAAGCUCUUUGUCAUGAUGCUGGUCGGAUCCGUGGUGGAAGUGAUUGUUAUCUUUGUGCUCGGACUACUGCCAGGAAUCGACAACUUUGCCCACAUUGGCGGGUUUGUCAUCGGCAUCGUGCUGGGGACUGUCCUUUUGGACAGCCCGUCUUUUGUCUACGAGCAGGACGGACAGACGCGCAAACCACUUAUCUUUUUCACAUGGAUCUUUGUUCGAGUCGUCUGUCUCGCCUUGACGAUAGCGUAUUUCGCACUGCUAUCGAAGAACUUUGCAGAUAAAGGUGCCGAGGCGUCGGAUAGCUGCAAAUGGUGCAAAUAUAUCAACUGUCUCCCUGUGAACGGGUGGUGCGAGCUGGGCGAUUUGUCUGCAACGUCGUCAUGA